AUAUCUUAGUGUCAGACGGGGGUAUAUUUUAAUGAUAAAUUGAUCAACAAUGGGCAAUGAAGGAAGCAAAUUAAAAGGCUUAAUUAUUGACAAAAAUGCGGUAGAGGUCAACGACUUCUGGGCCCUAUAUAAUGCAGAGUCCCCAACGACGUCCAACGAAGAAGGCGGCGGCGGCCAGCUUCUGUCCAUAUUUCAGGGUGAAGUUAUGGUGAAGGGGCAGCUAUGGAGCUUCACUGGAGAGAGCCCAAUGGAGAGAGCGAUAAAGAACCUUGCGAUCUAUCGUCAUCCUUACAUAUUAAAAUAUGUGACCACAUGGGACCAGUCGGGACAAAAGCAUCUUGCCACGGAGAGAGUCAGGCCACUUAACGACGUGCUGGCUAAGCAGAGCGACAUACAAAUUUGCCUGGGUCUACGAACGAUACUCUGCAGCCUUAUAUUUUUGAUUGAAAAGGCACAGGCAAGGCAUUUAAAUAUAUGCACACAUUCCGUUUACGUGACAGACAGUGGGAGCUGGCGUCUAGCUGGAUUUGAGUACGUUUGGAAGGCUAAGGAGGUCAACAAACAAUUGCUGGAUCUUGCAAGUACGUUUAUGGAUCCCAAAAACCUCGUGGCAGAUUUUGAGCAGUUCGCCUUUGCUUACCUAUGCGAAAGUGUCCUGGAGAACUGUCCUGCUGCAGGCGACGCUGGUACUCCUCAUGUACCCGAGUUUCGAGAGUAUUGCUGCACCCACUUGAAACACAAAAACACAGAGUUGAGACCCAAGCUCUCAGCCGUCUUGCUGCAUCCGUACUUCAAUCAUGAAUUUGUAUUAAUACAUUCCUUUCUCUUUGAGUUGCCGCUGAAGUCGAUCCAAGAGCGCCAGCAGUUUUUUAGCACUUUAAUUGAACGUUUGCGUUGCUUUGAUGAGCAAAUGGUCGCUUCUCAGCUUGCCAGCGAUUUGCUUUCCAGGAUGGUUUUACUGGAUCCCACCGCCCAGCUGUGUGUGUUGCCGUACGUGCUACGGACUAAGGCCACAGACGGCGCAACGUCAUCUCUUUUUUCUCCACAGACCUACGUACAGUAUCUUCUUCCACAUAUACUCAAGAUGUUCCGCCUCCGAGAUGCACAAAUCCGUUUGAUACUAUUAGACUAUUUUAUGGAAUACGUUCGUCUCUUGGAUGAUGAGCAGCUACAGAGCGAGAUUCUGCCGCAUUUGCAGCUCGGAAUGAGCGACACCAAUGACGUGCUAGUGGCCAAAACAUUAAGAUCAAUGGCUGACUUGGUGCCUAUUUUAGGGGCUAAUAAAGUUCUGGGUGGAGACCGACGUCGCUGCUUUUCCGAUGGUCGCCCGCAUGCAGCUGUAUCCACAGACAGCCAGAAUCUGUUGGUAGAACCGCGUUCCAUAACUCCUUUGAUGAAUGGCAAUUCCAUAGAUGCAGAAGACGACGAAUUCAUGGUUUCCGGCAGCCCCCUGCCAACAGAAAACAAUGUAGCUCCUCUGUCGCUGCGACUUAGUCCUGAUGGCGGUGAAGACGAGAAGGAUCUGACGAAUUUAAAUGAAACACCUCUGGAGAUGGACCGCAGCAGCGACCCUGCCAACAAUUCUAAUAGUUCCACCGCUGCCCACGACAACACAUUGAUCAACGCGGAUGAGGAGGAGGUCUGGUCUGACUGGGACACUACAGAUGAGCUCCAGCGCCUUCACGUUAAGCAAGCUGGAUUCGAGGAACAGGUGCCCACCGACGAGAUGGCUUUGAAUAUUUUGGAAAACAACAGCUGUGCCUCCACACAGGCGACGCAAGCCUCUUCGAGCGACUCUUACCGUACCGCCUGUUCCAACGUAUCAGUAUCAACGUACAAGCUAGCCGCGCAACCAAGUCGCAAGCUCAUUGAUGAUCUCAGCGCUCUUGAUAUACAAGUUCAGUUGGCUACGCGACCAGGUAGAUCAGAGUCGACAGAGUUUGAUUUUUUUAAGGACAUGGAGCCGGUCAUAGAAUGCAAAGAAGCCAGUAGUAGUGACCCUGCAGUGGUUCAUGUGGAUGCCAGUCGCUUUGCGGCUGCCACAGUGACCGCCAAUGCUGACGAGCUGGAUGAUGAGGCGAAUCAGGGCUGGGGUCACGAUCAGGAUGAAGAUGAUGUUGUCUGGGGCACGAACUAGAUUGAAAUUCUGUAAACUGUACAAUAAAGUUCAUGUAAUUGAAUGUCAUGUAUAUUUUGAUGCAUUUUCAUUAAUCUUUAAAAUGUUUUCAAUUUGUUUUGUUGUCUUGCAUGCGUUUAAAACUAUUUUUGUAAAAUUGUUAAAUAUUUCGUCAUACAUUGCUAGCAAAAAUGCUAUAUUUACGCAAAAACAUUCUAAAAUGCGGUUAUUUUUCAAUUUCUUUAUCCAUUAAUCAUUUGACUAUUAUAAUAUUAACAUUUAAACAAUCCAUCGGGAAAUCAGGAUCUCAAUCAAAUAUCUAAAAUAAAAUAAUGGAACAAGCUCUAGCUUUUACUUCGGUGACAUUUGGAGGAGAUAGCUCUCAGAUCCAACGAGGAGGAGGUGGAGAGCAACACUAACUUUAAAGCAAAAGCUAGAACCAUUCCGAUAUACAUACAUACAUACAUAUUUAGACAAAUCAAAAGAACAGAACGCAGAAUAAGUUCAACUAUUUACUCACGCUUUUAUUUUGUUUUUGUUCUUAUAUUUAAAAAAAAGUUUCAUUUAUGCAUUAAUUUGUUGUUUC